AUUAAACAUCACGCAAAGUAAUAAAUUAGUACCAAACCUGAUAGAUAAGAAUUGAAUCUUACGAAUAAAAUGCUCUCGGUUAAGUAAAAUAAUGUUAUAAAGCCACGAAACAACCAGUCACCGUCUUGUGAAAAAACGAAAUCAUUUUAAAAUAUACCGACAUGGACAAGAAACUGUUUGUCAUCGUUCUGGCCGUAUAUUCCGUUUUGACGUCAACAUUUGCCGAAUCACAGUGGGACUGCUUAUGCAGUUUAAAAACAAAAGUCAACGUCUUCCCGGACGCUUCAGGCCAGGGCAAACCGAUUGGGGUCUUGAACGAGAAUGAUUGCAUUUCCCUGUGGACAGAUAAUCGAGAUAACGCGGGUACAGCUGGCUGGUGGACCGUAGAAUUUGAUCUUCGGAUGGGAUAUGUGGCGAACAACACCAAUAUCCAAAUUGUAGGAUGCUAUUGCUUCCCGGAUGACAUGCGGCAAAAAUCGGAAGGUUGGACAAAAACCACCACACCGACAUCUGCUGUCAAUCAGAGGAUGUCAUCAUAUGUCACUAUGACCACGACGCCCAUGGCCCAUACUGCAGGAACACCAGGCGCGCAAUACGGCUGUCCGCUGAAGCACUUCGACUUCAGUUCAGUUACCGAUAUCGGUGUCCUUUUCACCGUGGAAGACAAGUGUUUUAAGAUUAUCCCGACAUACCAUUCUUGGACGAAUUCCGAGGCUGACUGCAAACGACGGGGCGGCCACCUGGCGACCAUCGAUACCGCGGAGAAGCAGACUCUGAUCUACAGGUUUUUGUCCAGUUUCGAGAGUAAGUCCGUUUGGAUUGGACUUCACGACAGAGACACCGAGGAGCAGUUCAAAUGGGUGUCGGGUCAAUCUGUGAACUACACCAACUGGGAACCAAACCAGUAUCACGACCAGCAUAAUAUAUCGAACUGUGUAGUACUUCGCACUCCUUUACACCAUGAAGGCAACGGGACGUGGUUCAAACGCGUGUGUUGCGAAAAAAACCAUUACAUUUGCGAGUUUGAUGCCGUGACGGGGAAUGAAAUAGGAACAAAUAUGGCGACAAAUGAAGAUGGUGACUUGCAUAUGUGUUCCCUGCAACUUAUGAACGAUGCAAAGUUAAGUGGAGGUAUCAUGGCUCAACAUGGAAACAGUUGCUAUGUGCUUGGACGACGGUCUCACUCAUACAUGGGU